AUGUUAUUUCCACUUACCUUUUCCUCUCACCUUCAUCUCUUCAUUAGCUUUCUUCUAUUCUUUAUCUUGCUCUCCUCUCCCUUACACCUUCAACCUUUCCUUUCACACCUAGACAUUUCCUCUCCCUUAUGCCUUCCCGCUUUCCUCUCCCUUACACCUUCAAGCUCUCCUCUCACUUACACCUUCAAGCUUUCCUCUCCCUUAUGCUUGGAGCUUCCCUCUCCCUUACACCUUCAAGCUUUCCUCUCCCUUACACCUUCAACUUUUCCUUUCACACCUAGACAUUUCCUCUCCCUUAUGACUUCCCGCUUUCCUCUCCCUUACACCUUCAAGCUUUCCUCUCCCUUACACUUGGAGCUUCCCUCUCCCUUACACCUUCAACCUUUCCUUUCACACCUAGACAUUUCCUCUCCCUUAUGCCUUCAAGCUUUCCUCUCUCUUACACCUUCAAGCUCUCCUCUCCCUUACACUUUCAAGCUCUCCUCUCCCUUACACCUUCAAGCUCUCCUCUCCCAUACACCUGGAGCUUCCCUCUUCCUUUCCCCUUCAAGCUUUCUUUUCACACCUAGACAUUUCCUCUCCCUUAUUCCUUCAAGCCUUCCUCCCUUACUGUUUCUGCAUCAAUAA